AUGGCAGAUCGGCCUCGUCGACCAUCUGUUGUUCAGAAAGUCGGAAGUCAAUUCCGACUUAGAUUCUGUUAUUCCCAAGAUGUGCAGGCUCGGAAUGGUAGUAGCCUUUACAAGCCUUCCGGUUGUGAGAGACGUUUCACUUUUGGAAGUUACAGACACGGGGGACCGAACAAUCCUUCUAUGCAGGCGUAUGGAGGGAGCCGUUGUAUCUCUGUGCCCUCUUCCUUGUCACCUUUUCUUGUCGAAGCUCCUUCGGAGAAAGGCUCUGGGGCUUUCAUCGUCGACUUCCUGAUGGGUGGAGUUUCUGCUGCUGUAUCCAAAACCGCUGCAGCUCCCAUUGAGCGUGUGAAGCUUUUGAUCCAGAACCAGGACGAAAUGAUCAAGGCUGGUAGACUCUCUGAGCCCUACAAGGGAAUUGGUGAUUGCUUUGCUCGAACGAUCAAGGAUGAGGGAUUCGCCUCACUGUGGAGAGGCAACACUGCAAACGUCAUCCGUUACUUCCCUACUCAGGCCUUAAACUUCGCAUUCAAGGAUUAUUUCAAGCGCAUGUUUAACUUCAAGAAGGAUAGAGAUGGCUACUGGAAAUGGUUUGCAGGCAACUUAGCAUCAGGAGGUGCGGCUGGUGCUUCUUCUCUAUUAUUUGUUUACUCGCUAGACUACGCCCGAACUCGUCUGGCGAACGACGCGAAAGCAGCAAAGAAGGGAGGAGGCGAGAGACAAUUCAAUGGUUUGGUUGAUGUGUAUACGAAAACUCUGAAAUCUGAUGGCAUAGCUGGGCUCUACCGUGGGUUCAACAUCUCCUGCAUUGGGAUCAUCGUCUACCGGGGUCUCUACUUCGGAAUGUAUGACUCUCUGAAGCCUGUGGUUCUGGUUGGAAAGCUGCAGGAUAGUUUUUUCGCGAGCUUUGCACUGGGUUGGUUGAUCACGAAUGGAGCCGGGCUUGCAUCCUAUCCAAUCGACACAGUCCGUAGAAGGAUGAUGAUGACUUCCGGGGAAGCCGUUAAGUACAAGAGCUCCAUGGAUGCAUUCAGACAGAUCGUGAAGAAUGAAGGGAUGAAGUCAUUGUUCAAAGGUGCCGGCGCAAAUAUCCUACGUGCGGUGGCUGGUGCCGGAGUGCUUGCUGGGUAUGACAAGUUACAGAUGAUCGUAUUCGGGAAGAAGUACGGAUCCGGCGGAGGCUAAUUCUUAUUACCAAUUCCCUCUUGUUCAAUACUUCCUUCAUUUUUCUUCAAAUAAUUCUGUGACAACCGGCGUUUGCUUCUCUGCAAUUGUGAGUUUGAGGAAUGAAUUUUGAGUUAGCUCUGGAGUUGCGAGUUCAUUUUUGUAUUUUGCCUUGUUUUUUAUUCAUUUAAGUUUAUUUAAUUACCGGUAUGUGUUCCACU